AAUCCAGAUAAGUUAAUAACCAUUGCAGGUCUAUAAAAACUUGCAGCAGCAUUUCAAGACUUCUUCUCUGGAGUCGUCUCUCUGCCUCUAUAGACACCAAAGAGAUUAAACUACUUUAAAAGUUUGGGGGUAUAUUUUGCCUGGACCAGCUGCCAGAUUCCUGUGGGUAUGACUCACUGAACAGAAUCAGAUUGUCCCCACGGACUUCGUACUAUGGAGCUACUAUGGGGACAUGGACUUUACCAAUGCACUGUAUGAAUAUGCAUACUUUUAAUGCGUGAGUGAAUUGUUACACAACAAAUAAUAAUUAGUCUGAGAAAGAGUCAAAACCUUAAGGAACUGCCAAGAAAGGCAGUAUUUGACAUGAGACUAAAGGCUUUGUCAUGUGUCCCUUCAAUGGAAAUGCGCACCAUGAAAUAACACACUGAGAGACAGAGCUGUUUCCACUAAAGGGUGUGUCUCUGUAAUGUUUGUGUGCGCAGAAACAGAGGAGGUCUUUUCAGGCAAACCGACUCUCCCCACCCCUCUGCACGGCGCUGCCAACCUACCUCAUCCGCAAACACACUCCAGUAAAUCUACUUAUACCAUCUGAAAAGAUCUAACCCGCUUUAUGCGGACUUUUAUACGACUUAUUUUCCAAGCCGCACUGCGGAUAUCUCGUUGAAAUCACUCGGGUAGAGUCUCUGCUGCUACAAACCAGAAGUGCCAACCGCAGGAAUCGGUUUGAGCGUGUGUUUUUUUUUUUUCACUGCAGCCUCGUUGCACAGUUUUGAGUGUCUGUCUGGAGCUCUACGGGCCUCUUCUUCAUAACUUCAACCAUGUAUCAAGUCGCCAGGAAGUUGUUUUUCACGGACUGCAAGUGUGCGGAUGAUGCGCCGAAUAUAUACGAGGAGCUGUUCGCCAAACUGGACACCAACAAGGAUGGAAAAGUGGAUGUUUCCGAGCUGAAGGCAGGCCUGGCUGCUAUGGGCAUCAAAGCUGGGAAGGGAGCUGCAGAGAAAAUAGUAUCUGCUGGGGACCAAGACAAAGACGAUCGUCUUGACUUCAACGAGUUCUCCAAAUAUCUGAAGGAACAUGAGAAGAAGUUAAAGCUGACUUUCAAGAGCCUGGACAAAAACAAUGAUGGCAGAGUGGAUCCUCUGGAGAUUAAGCAGGCCCUCGCUGAUCUUGGUUUGGACAUCAGCAAAGACGGGGCACAGAAGAUCCUUCAGAGCAUCGAUGUGGACGGCACCAUGACUGUGGAUUGGAAUGAAUGGAGGGAGCACUUCUUGUUCAACCCCGCCACCAACCUGCAGGAUAUUAUCCGCUUCUGGAAGCACUCCACGGUGCUUGACAUCGGGGACAGCCUUGCCAUCCCAGAUGAGUUCACAGAGGAGGAGAAGACGACAGGUCUGUGGUGGAAGCAGUUGUCAGCGGGGGCCAUGGCAGGCGCUGUGUCUCGUACAGGAACCGCCCCGCUAGACAGGAUGAAGGUGUUCAUGCAGGUGCAUUCCUCAAAGAGCAACAAAAUCAGCCUGGUUGGAGGUUUCGAGCUGAUGUUAAAAGAAGGAGGCGCCCUGUCUCUGUGGAGAGGAAACGGAGUCAACGUACUGAAGAUCGCGCCCGAGACCGCUAUUAAAUUUAUGGCCUAUGAGCAGUAUAAGAAGCUUCUGGCCAGUGAACCCGGGAAGGUGAAGACCCAUGAAAGGUUCAUGGCUGGAUCACUGGCUGGAGCCACAGCACAAACUGCCAUCUACCCCAUGGAGGUGAUGAAAACCCGCCUGACCCUGAGGAAGACCGGACAGUACACAGGGAUGUUUGACUGUGCCAAGAAAAUCAUGCAGAAGGAGGGAUUGAAGGCAUUUUACAAGGGCUACAUUCCCAAUAUUCUGGGCAUCAUCCCGUAUGCUGGCAUAGACCUGGCAGUUUAUGAGAGCUUGAAGAACAUGUGGUUGUCUCGCUACGCCAAAGACACAGCUAAUCCGGGUGUUCUGGUGCUGCUCGGCUGCGGGACCAUAUCCAGCACAUGUGGACAGCUGGCCAGCUACCCCCUGGCUUUAAUCCGCACCAGGAUGCAGGCACAAGCUUCCAUUGAGGGCUCGGAGCAGCUGCCCAUGAACCUGAUGGUGAAGAGGAUUCUGGAAAAGGAAGGCUUCUUUGGACUUUACCGUGGCAUCCUGCCCAAUUUCAUGAAGGUCAUACCAGCCGUCAGCAUCAGCUAUGUGGUGUACGAGUACAUGCGGUCUGGUCUAGGCAUUCAGAAGUAGACAGUGUGGCGGUCUGUGACUUUCUGUGUCUGUGAGAGUUUAAAGCAUUUUUUUUUUUUAUCCAAGCUGUCAGAUUAAUAACACGCAGCAGAUGAGUCUAUUGUAGAAGUUUUUUAAAGUGUUUGCAGGACUUUGGCUAAACUGUUGAGCCAUUAUAAAGAAGAUAUUGUUUACAAAAUCCUGCAGUAUUCACACAGGGCUAAUGAUAAUACCUAAGACUUCUGCAAUGUCUCCAACUGUGUAUUGUUUCUCUGACAUGCUUUAAAGAAUACACGCACAGAUUGACCUCUGUCAGUCUCAGGGUCCAAUUUGGUGCAACCGACUUCCAGUUUUUGCUACCAAAGAGGUGGAUGUUAAGAAUCUGAAAAACAAAAAUGCUGGUAGAGGUUAACUUUGAUUUCAAGGCAUGUUUUUUCCUUUGUAUAAUUGUUGAUCAGAGUAGAGAUGUCAUGUUUUUAUAUCAGUCAUGUUAAGAAUUGAUCUUGUUCUGUCACUGCACCAGACAUUACACGCUCCUUUAAUAUUUGACCAAAAAGCACCUUAUUGCACCAAUCCAAAAAGCGGAACACUUGCUGAACAUGAUUAACACCUUUUUUUUACCCUGAUUUAAAAUAGGCAGACCAGUUAACACAUCUUUGAAGCAUCACUACACAGAGAUCUCAAAAUAUUGCGUAAAAUGUCCCUUGUGAGCGGGAGCUGUUUCACCAACAAACUUGAGGAAACUUGAAGUGCAGUACUGUAACUACUCUCCGUUGACUCACUCUCUGGCCUGCUCUUGUGGGAAUGGUUUUCACCUAAGUGUUUUUGGUUCCACAAAUAUGAAUAGAAAUCAUUUUUGCACCUUCUGGUUAAGUUUGGUGAAGAGGAGAGUAAUGUGCCUUAUGUGUUCUUCCUCCCAGCCUCCAUGUUUGUCUUGCCUUUUCCCCCUAAUACUUGGUUCAUGAGAUGCUGGUGUUUCCGUUAAUAAACACAUUUGAAUAAGA